AUGACAGGUGACUUCGACGAAAAUCCGCCCACCGUACUGGCUUCGAGAAACUUCCCCGGUAUCAUUCCUUCAACAUCACAUCAUAAUGUAUCAUGGAGUGAUGAUGGACAAUGUCUCUUCAUUACCAGAAAGGGUGUAAACAUAGUGACACCCCAUCUUACAACCACACUUCCUCCACCUACAACUCUUGUUGAUCCCACUUCAUCUCUCGAUAACCCCACUGCAGCGAUCAACGAAUCGAAACGACGUGCAGCUCUUCAAGCAGAAGCAGAUUCAGAAGAUGAAGGCCUGGAUACAUUCGAGGAUACUGCUAUUCCAAGUGAAAAGAAGGGGAAAUGGAGGAUGAGAAGACCCAAUAAUGGUGAAAUAAGAUUUUGGAGUACAGGUAUCGAAAUUGACAAAGAUGGUUCAAGGGAAGAUGUCUAUGGCUGGAGUGACAUCGGAGACGAGAUCACCGCCGUGUAUACUGAGAAAGAAGUAACGACCAGACAAGCUAUUUGGUCACCAUCAGGGCUGAGUGAUCUGGGCGGGUGUCUACUUGUUGUGCUCAACAGUGCGAUGCAGGUAUCCGUCUACGCUCCAAGAAACGAUCCAUACACAAAGCAAUGGGAUGAGUUAGCCGACUUAACGAUGUUGACGAAAGGUCUCCUUUCACAAGAAGCCAUCAAUGCUGAAAUGAGCGUGGAAUCAAUGUUGGAAUCAAGGACAACCUGCGUCAGGUGGUCAUCACACAUUCCGCUACGCUCCAUGUCAGGCGUAGAUGGUAGCUUGCUAGCAAUGAGCAAUCGAGCUGGAAAAGUCGCUUUUUGGACCUAUGGAACAGAGAAAAGAUUUCAUCGGGCUCAUUAUUUCGAUGUUUGUGAGAUAGGCGGAUGGGUUGCGGAUAUGGCGUGGUCUGAAUGGAAGGAAAUUGAGGAACAGACAUAUGAAGUGCAUCUAGCACUUGCUCUCACAGAUGGCUCGAUACGUGUGAUGACCCUACAACGGAGCGUUCAGCAGGAUGUAUCAGGAAUCCAGAAGUGGGAUAUAGAUGUUCAACCGUCUGUCAUCAUCGAUCGAGGGGAUAAGCGGAAUAUAUCGUCUAUAGAAUGGAUCAAUGAUGUGCUGAUAUGGACUAAAUCUGGAUCAGUACACAUUCUUGCCGGUGAAGGAAAUCAGACUGUUCAGUGGAAAGGCACAAUCUCAUUGAAGCUAGAGAGAGUAGGAAACUGGGCAAGUGCAAAUGGGCUCGGACCAUGUAUCGGCGUACAUCGUAUGAACCACAACACCAUUCUGAUUGUCCUGUCUUCUCUUACUGCACACCUCAUAACAAACUUCACCACUUCUCCAAUACUCGCUGAUCCACGUGAUUCCUUAAGAACUGCAUUAGCAAUGCGAGAUGCCUUUGAGGAUCACCUUUCUACAGAUUCGUUAAUCAAAACUAGAUUUAGGUCUGUGGAAAUCAAACCCGAAGCUUGGACUGCAGAUACUUCCGGGUGGACAAAUUUGGGCUGGGGUGGAAUAGGAACUUGGGUAACGGAGCCAGUCAACUUCCAUUCGCUUGAUAGCGCCACAGAGGGGAAACGAUCAAUGAAUUUAGUAGUUGCAAAUCUGGGGGGAUCCUGUCCAUCCCCAGACUUAUCUGUAAUAGAUGCACUACGGAGUAUACUGGGAAAUCCUCCCAGCUUGCUUUUCACCUCCUCUGGGAGGUUAUUGAUGCCUUACCUUUUACACAUCAUAACUCUGAGACAGCCUGAGUCUCAAGCCGAGCAUUUCCUAAAUCUGGUCAAAUCGGACACCGAUGCCUCAAGUUUUGUCGAACCAAAAGGAAGGGAACUGAUCGAGGGGUUUUGGGGAGGAAUUGAUCUGGAUCGAAUGCGGUUGAAGUUCGUUCUAGCUUCGUGGUGUGCGGCUACUUACCCUUCAUUUGCAAUUCAAUUCGAAGAAACCAUGGCUAUCAUAUCAAAAACAAUCGUUUCGUACCUGAUAGCAACUCUUCUACAAUGGACCGAUUCACUUUCUCAGUUGUCCAACCUCAGCCCUAUAGAUCAGCAGUUCCUUACGCAACUACUCAAAGCUGCACGAGAUGUCCCCUCAGAAGACAAUGAAAUGCAGCUGGCUCCGUUAGCUGCCAAUUUAGCCAGAAGCUUGAAUCAGGAUGGAGCAAUUGGAGGUUUGGAAGAAUCAGAGGAAAGGUGUCCGGCUUGUAAGACAGAAGUCGGACCUGAGGGGACAUGUGCGAAAGGGCACGUGUGGUCUCGAUGCUCUAUAACACAUCUUUUGAUCACUCAUCCCCAUUAUCGAGUGUGUUCAACCUGUCCAGCGAUAUCUCUUCUCCCUCAACGGCAUCUGCAAACUCCUAUAUCGGUUGAUAGGGAAGGUAAAGAUCAAGAUUGGGCAAGAUUUGUACCGAUUGAAGGAGGAGAAGAUAGUUUGAUUCAAGUAGCUUUGGAAGCUGCGAUAGGUUGUCCGAGCUGUGGAGGAAGAUGGCAGAGAGCUGUAUAG